AUGGCGGCCGGAAGUGGCCCGAAUACCGUGUAUUCAUCUCUAUUGUCUCUAUUAUGUAUUCCGACCGCCUCAUUUCGUGUGCGUGGUUUGUGUUUUGUUCAAUUUCCCUUUUUCAAGAUGCUAGUCUAUUUUAUGUGCACGUUAGCGUCCACAAAGAAUAGUUUGGACACUCUAGCCUAGUUAUGUUAUCAUUUAUCAACUCCCGCGAAGACCACGCCAGUUUUCAGGCGGUGUCGAUCCCUGGACCCGUCGAGCUCGAGACUGUCGCGAAGAUUUGGACCGUUCUUCCAGACCACUUGUUCUACACGCUGAAAGAUGACGAGAGCUUGUUCGCCUGCCGAAUCUACUCCUCCGCACCCUGCAAGAAGACAGCGGUUCUGUCAGCGUCGCAAUUCACGAGCCUCGUGACAGCCAAAUGCAACUCGGUCCUUGUGAUCUUCACUGACGGUAGCGUGCGAGCGUUCAAGUUCGUGCCCGAGGAAGGCUGGACCGAGUGUGCCAGUUUCAGGCUGUUUAACGAUCCGAGCUCCAGGUUGACAUACGCUUGCUCGUGUAUCAACCAGAAGUUAUUUUGGAUCCAGCGGUCCAACGAGUCUCCUCUCGAAACCUGUUGCUCUCUGUGGAAGUGCAGCCUGUCUCUCGAACUUUCGGAGGAUUCGGGAUCCCGCUGCGUAGCGCAGAGGCUGCCUCCUUUCCGACUACAUGUCCUCCGGCUAGCAGCCGUCGUGCUGCCGAGCCUCCCCAGACCUUCAGCGAUCUACCUAGCCUUCGGCGAAUCUGACUGUCUCAAGGUGUGCUCGCUGGCAGCUGAAACAGCACUGCUGAGUGGCACUUUCCAGCCCCCUCUAGACGCCGCCGCCUUCUACAAGAAGCGCAUUUGGAUCUGGCGGUCCCAGCCACAGUGCCAAGUGGUGCGAGGCUGCCCGUCACCACUGGCCAACUCUCUGCAGCUUCUCCUCCAAGACGGCUCGGUCGUUGUGCUCGACUCGGCCGGCAACUUCCAGCGACGCAUCACUCUGUGCAUCGGUGCCCUGGGUGCACGAGCAGUCUGCUCCCUGGGUGUCGCACUCUGCACGUUCUCCGACUCUGUGCUCUCCCUGUACGACCUGGAGAAUGGGGAGCUGCUGCAGGAGCUGCCGCUCAAAGGAUCCUUCCGGGGCCUUCUGCCGGCCCUCUGGGGCUUCUGGACAGACACGGGGCUCUUCCGUCUGGCUGGCGGCAGCCGCUGGAGCCCCGGCCCUCCGAGCGAGCUGCAGAGCGAGGCGCUCCUGUACGCUGCCCGGCACGCCGGAGCACAUGCUCUGCUGGGCCCACCGGACAACACUCAGGUCGGGACCAGGUUGAGUCGCAUUCUGCGCCCGCUGGUGGAAUGUUACUGGAAGCUACAGCUCACCAGGUCGGCGCUGGUGUCCUGACCUUGCAGCCACUGCAUCGGUGCCCUUUGUCCUAGCGAUUCUGCCUUUGGGAGGCCACGGGGGUCGAGUCUCGUUGCGGCCUUUUGGAUGGUUGUGGGAGCGUAUCGUCACUCGCAUUAUUGGUGGCUUAUGCUGUGAAUGACUAAAGGCCAACUUUUUUCUUCCUUGUUUCUGCCGUACAAUACCGCAGAGGGGGCCUGAGGCAAAAGGUGCCCGACAAGGCCUUGCCUUCUCUUGGUUUGCUCGACUCGGCCGGCAACUUUCAGCGACGCAUCGCUCUGUGCAUCGGUGCCCUGGCUGCACGAGCAGUCUGCUCCCCAAGCAGACAUAUUUGACAUAACAGAACCAUUAUGCUUAAAUUAAAAAAAAAAAAUAUAUAUAAUCAUUAUAUCAAAUCAAUAAAAAGCUAGCAAAACGUAAGCAUUUUAAACACAAAGCCAUAGUGUUGUUCACUAUUAAAUCUUGCGCGUCAGGAACAAAUUCCAAUAAACAGUACAAUGGUGAAAUAAAAACAUCCGAAGAAAAAGUUUAUUUCAAAUGAAGCGGGGAAAAAAAAAUUGUGACCCAAAGGCCUCAGAAAAAAAAAAAAAAAAAAAAAAUUAUAUAUGCUAGGCAAAUUCUUCACUAAGGCGAAGCUGAAAGCUGUUUAUGCAUCAUAAUUUUAGUUCUUGAGUUUUGAGAGUUGAUUUUGAGAUUUGGCUGAUCAUUGCAGGUCACAUACUGGAGUGAUUGGCCAGGUCAGAUACCUAGGGCUCUACAAAGAAGCUUUUUUCAUUGUUUUUCGAACUAUGGUCAUAAAAGUGUACUUUUGUUUUUAUUAAAAUUUUUGUGAAAAAUCCAGAACCUAGCCCUUUUGAUGAUAAUUUACUGGGUUUGGAUGAUGAGGUUUCUUACGUUUAUUGUUCUGGCAAAACUUGUACAUUGAAUGGGAGCUUUUACAAAUACCUACUAAACAACUACAAUAUUAUAGUCAAAUAAAGUUAUCUCAGUAAAAAAAAGCAUUUGAAUAUGAGAAAACUGUAAAAGUUCAAAUUUGAAGUUAAAUUUUCUCAAAACAAUUUUUUCAAAUUUUAAUUGUUUUUUUGUACGAAGAGUGCUUAGUAUGGUUCUAGAAUAUUCAAUAAAAUUCAGAUGUAAUAUAUGAUUUGGACGUAUAAAUCCAUACAUUUGAAGACUGCAUAUUUAAAGUUGAAUUCUACAAUGCAAAAGUUGGUCAUCAUCAUUUUUAAUGCCCAAUUAUAAAUUAUUUGUUGCACUUACCCAGAGUGUUCGUUGGCUUUCAUUAGAAGAGGUAUAUUAUGUAUAAUAUAGAAAGGUACAUAUUCAGCUUCUUUACCCCAAAAAAUCAAAGAAAUUGCUAUUAAAAAAUUGUCUAAGUUGCUUAAUGAGAAUGAAAAGCUUCUAAAUAUUACCCUUGGAAAGUCCUAUCCAGGAUACUGUGGCUUGAGGGGGAACAACAAAAAAAACUAUUUCUGAUGCACCUCCUAGCAGGAAAUUUGGCCCUUUCCCAACACUUCUCCAUGCACACUCUAAGAAGCUGAGCUCGUUUAAUCCUUUUCAUCUUAGUUUCUUACUGAAAAAAAGGGAAUGCUCGCAUACACCGUAGGGAAGCACGGUGUUCCCCAAAAGCUGCCACGGGUUGGUUUUUGAUACUUUUAUUGAUAUUGCUGGGCCGACCGGUCCAACAAUGUGGUAAAGUUAUGAAUCCCUGAUCCCAACCUAGCCUGGUCAAAACAUUCCAGCUGUUACAAUAACCAGUUUAGCUUUGAGUAGCCAGCAAUAGAUGAAUAUUUGAGUAACCGAGUGGCAGCGUUUGAGGAACACUACGCACAGUUUCUUAAAAUCUCUAGUAAUGCAAGUUCACAAGAAUAUUGUGACCACAAAGUGAAGUCAAAAUAGGUCCACUCUAGGGGAAUCAUUUUUAACAUCAAAUUGAGGGACCGUUCUUAUUUCGUGUUUUCCUCCAGAAGUGGCGUACCCAGUGUUCUUGACAGGACUAAGAGCAUUCCGUUCCUCUUUUUUGCGCCGCACCAGUCAGGAAGACAUAAAUUUUUAAUUAGGACUUAGCUUCAAACUUCUCGUAACUCACUAGCGCAUAAAAAAAAGGACCGGAUUUGUCACCGUUCAGAUUUUAACGAGUAAGUGAUGAGGGAGGUUGCGCUUUCCUGCAUGUGGUGACGGUAAAGUUGGGUAUCUGUUGUUUCUAAUUGGACGGUUCCAUGUGGGGGACAAUUUUGAUGGUUGUAAUUUGUCUCAAAACCCACUGUGGUACAACAAGAAAAAAAAAGCCUUGCCAACUGAGCAUGCCACCUAUCCACCAGAGGAGGGGACCAUAAUGCGCCCAGAAGCAAGUGCCAACGCUUCUGUGCGAUUUGAGACAAAGGUGCACUGGGGGAAUUUCUAUUACUUUUGAAGCCUGUUUUGACAAGUGUCAAAUCUAUGCAGUGCCUGUUUAUUCCAUACUUACCCUUCUAGUCAUUCACUCAUUUGGCAAACCUUGCGGUGGUGCCUAUGCCAUAGCUUGCUUGGUUUUAUAGAUAACUGGGCUGGAAGAAAGAUGAUGCUUUGCAACCUCAUCAGUUCUCAGAAAAUAGCGAGGGAAAAUGAAUGCUGUUUUAAAAUGAGAAAAUUGCCACUUGAGCUUCUCUCGCUUUGAAGCACAGGUGUGUUUCAUUCUCUAGAUAUUUUCUGAAAAUUUCUAGAGAAUGGAAUUUGCCAUAUAAUUGGAGGAAAUAAUGUAUACAAGUGGGAGUGGAGGUAUGUUCGAUAACCCAAAGAUCUUGGGAGGGGGGUCCAGAAACCUGAACCUCUUUUUAUUGUGUAUGUACUAGCUGCAAUUGAGUGGCGGAAAUCUGUGAUCUCUAGUCUGACGUAUGACUUCUAGAAUUAAUUAGACCUAAGAAAAGGAGUGCUGCAUUGUGAAAUUAGUUUUGAGCAGCGGAGAUUGAAGUGUGUGCAAUGGAUUGAAAGUGUCUAAGAACUUCCAAGAACUACCUACUAUAUUGUAAUUGAACAGUAUGCUUCACCCCUGAAACCUUGAACCAUUGGUUCUUUGCACCUUAAAGAAACACUAAAAAGGAAAACAAUUUUUUUUUUUUAACAGUCUGGUUUUGACACAAGUGUCAACAAAUAAUGUUUACGCAAAAAAAAUAAAUUUUUAGAGCAAUAUUGACGGCGUGAGACGCAAUUUAGUCGAUGGUCACCGACUUUCCGCUUGUUUUCUCGGCAUUUCGGGCGCAUGGAGGGGAGGAGCUGUGGCCAUCAUGUUGAGGUGGAGAGAGUGUAUGACCAUCUUGUUGAGGUGGAAAGAGUGUAUGACCAUUCCGUGACGUCAUGGACUUUGAUAAUUCAAACGCAGCUAAAAUAAAUCUUGUGCCGUCAAUAUUGAUUUAAAAAGAAAAACAUUUCGCGUAAAGUUUAUUUUUUGACACCCGUGUCCCAACCAGACUGUUUAAAAAGAACACUUUUUUCUUUUCAGUGGUUCUUUAAGGGGAACUCCAGUCAAUAUUUUCUAAUUUGGGAUUACGUCUGUUUUCAGCUAAAGCAGUGUCCUGAAUGACAAGGUACAAUUUUUUUUUUUGAUUCUGUGUGUAGUUUUAUAAAUAUCAUGGCUGAAAGUUUGGUUUCGGGUGCCUACGGCAAAACCGAAACUAUCUGCUAGAGCAGUGGUUCUCAAAUGGUGGUCCGCGGACCCUUUGGUUCCGUGAAGGCCUGCCUAAUUAGUCAAAACCGGCAAUAAAAGUUGUAUUUUUUUUUUUUCAGAUUAAGAAAAAAUGUUCCAAAUAUUUGGUGAGUUUUCUCGUGUGUAUGUCAUUUGGAGAAGUCUCUUUCACACUAGCUCUUAGUUAUAUCCAUUUAUUAAAUCCUUUAUAAUAAUUAACCUCCCCCUUUCCCUUCCCCUCAUCAUGAACGGUGUCCUCCAUCAUCUCCGCCGACCCACAAGUGGUCCGCGAGACCUCAAUGGUUGAGAACCACUGUGUCUGUGCUGGGAUGCCAACACUGAUAAUCAGCUGUACGGCUGCGACGUGACGUCACACUGGUGCUGUGGUACGCGGUACAACCAAUCAACCGCAGCUCCACUGUGACGUGACGUCACAAAGGGGCUGCGCCAGUGUGCCUUGACUAAAGAGCAGCUGGUCGCAUCUUUGAAAUCGGUUUUAGUGGAGUACGUGACUUCACUUGGAUGCAAUAAUUCGGCUGUGAUCAUAUUUCGUGCCACUAAAGUGAUGCCAGUCAUUUAUUUUGGUUUCGUUCUCGAUCGCAGUUGCCCUUUAAUCCGUCUUUGGUGUGCAGUUCUACUAAUGGCCUUCAACUGGAGCAUACAAGUACCCCCCUAUGCUGCGAAAACUCUUUUGGCAUAGGAGGGCAUGUACCAUCACUCAAACACAGAACAAGGACAUUUUAAAAAUGGCCAAAAUAUAUGCAUAAGGAGUUUAAAUGCUGUGGCUUCAUAGGCUUUUUAAGUGUAGCAGGAGUACAUUUAAAAAAUGUCAUUGCUCAUGAAUUGGAGCAGCGUGAUAUUUCCAAUGUAGAAACCCUUCUUCAACCUAAAUAGCAUUUUGUGCAGUGGCCAGAAGUCCCCCCGUCGUCGUCAUGUCCCCCCCCCCCCCCCCCCCCCUCCCCCUCGAAAUCUAGCCGACCCUAUAAUUAGGGUUCUGCAUUUUCGGUUUCUAUUUUUUCAAAAUUCGGCAUACUUUUUUCGGUGUUUAUUUUAAAAUUCAAUUUGCGGUGUUUUUCGGCGUAUAUUUAUGCCCAGAAAAGUUUAUCGGCUUUUUUCGGUGAAUAUAAAAUAAACACCAACGGACACCGGAUCGGAUGAUCCUUGUAGCUCUGAUACUUGUGAUCACUCAAAGAAUAACGGCAUAGGUACAUUGAAAAAGAAAUGAGCACUUUAUUUGGUAAAUGUGUGCAGCUCUAGAAGAAACAAGGAAAAACCUGAGAAGCACGAAGAAGUCAGAUAUGAAGCCUAUGCCCGAAAAACAUAGAACUUCACCUUCUGUACAUCGGGAUUGCGGUAUCUUAUAAUAGUACACCCAGAUGUACAUUCCCAGGUUCUCCUCGUUGAUCCGCACUCUUUCUUUCCUGUUGCUAUAUGGCCCUGAGCUUCGAGAAUGCCCUUUCAACACUAAUACUGGACACUGGCAGGCUGAGGAGAGGAAGCGCUGCCUGAGCCAAAAUCGGCCAAUCAACCAAUUGUGACCACCCAAAAGAGACACGGUGCGACUUUGUGAAGCUCAACACAGCAUGCAGAGCUUGCAUAAAAUCAGUCUUUCUUAAAACGAGUUUGAAAACAUGCUCGUACAUGGCAAAGUUAUGAAGCAUUUCAGACUUCAAGUUCCGAUCGAUGGUGCGCACAUUAAACCAAAACGUCGUGAUGGCAUCCGUGUAUCCCAUACAUUCGGACACGUUUCGAUAGACACUGUCGUUCUAUGUUUUCGCCACGGCUCUGCGGUACGACUGGAAGGUCAAAGUGACCUUUUCCGGUUAAAACUGAAUUUUAGAAAAUUGAUUCGACAUACUUUUAUCGGUUUUAAUAAAAAAUUCCGAACCUAAAAACUGACCUUUUUCGAUUAAAACCGAAUUUCCGAAAAUGGAUUCGGCGUACUUUUAUCGGUUUUUAUCGGUUUAAACCGAAAACUCCGAACCCUACCUAUAAUACACACAUGCAUUUUGACGUCCCACACCCCAAAUGAUGGACGUUCCCCCCCCCCCCCCCCCCCCUGAAAAAAAAAUUCUUAGCUAUGCCACUAGUGUUGCAAAAAUGAGUGGCAUUGGUGUAACUGAGACCUACAGUUUUCUCUUUCCUCCUGUACAGAUAGAUGUUCGUUGUUUAAGUGCCUGCAAAUGCUCGGCUAAUGGGGUCUAAAACAUACUGUCUCAUGGACACUAUGUACAGUAUAUCUACGGACGCCAUUUUAUGUCGGGUGAAACGGAUGCAGAGGCCUAGAAUUGAUGGAUCCGUCUGCAACCCAUUGUUGUGAGCAAUUUUUACUUAACUACUGGAACUGGAUAACUUUUUUUUUAUUAUUGUGGAUAAUGCCUGUCUAGAGUGCCCUGUAGCUAGGGUUCUGUGUUUUAGGAAAACACCAAUAAACCCUGAAAAUGAACCCCUGAGCCAGUUUUAUCAAAAUUGGGGAAAACCGAAAAAUCCAGAAUUUCAGCUUUCCUUCGCCAAGAAAAACCCAAGCUUCUCGAAAAAAAUCUGAAACUCCAAUUAAUGCAGCCACACUGAACUGCUUGUGAAGCUACUUCUUUCUUUGAAAACUGGACCUCUUAUCUCGUUUCUUUCUUUUACUCGUACCGGGACGUUUACCCAAGUAAUCUGGGCAUGAAAAUGUUCUUUGGUGGUUGGCGAAUUACAUGGUCGUGUCUUGUUUCUUCUACAUAAGGCCCGAUGAACAUAGAUUUCUUGUCCAAGGCUAAAAAUUGGCACAUCUGUGCAAAAAAAUAAACCCAGAAAGACGAGCCCCGAAUUUGAUGAAGAAUAUUCACCGGAAUGAAACCCUACCUAUAGCACAUUUUGUUACCAUCCAUUGCGUGAUCUAGAAUGAUGUCUCAUUAUUAUUGACACCUCCGUUCCUUCCAAAAAGCAUCCAUAAUGUUGCAAUAAUGGGACGAAAAUGCAUGUCCAGUUAGUCCCUGAAAAUUCGGUCCACAUAGCAGGGAGACAUUAACGGGAGACAUGACUCUUCUAGUUUGCUGGCAGACGUACCGAAGACAAACCUGUUUGAGAAACGCACUGUCUCCAACAACCAUUUGAGAGAGAUGCCCCCUAGGGUCCUACACAAACAGUGCCAUGGUGUAGCGAUGAAGACAGGGUAAUUCCCCAUGUCAAAAUUCCUCCUCACUGAUUGUUUGUACGUCAGUGGAACCUAAGGUAGGAAAUUGUUUCGAGGUUAGGGGUUCAUUCAUAUACUGUAUAUUCGAGUCCUGGCUGGUUGCAGUUUGAUGAAACUGGCAUGCUUGUGCCAAAACGGUAUACACUUUUCUAAUGUUUACUUUUAGGUUUUAACUGCCGACGGAAUUUUUUGUUUAGGCUCUUGUGAUAAACUGGCGACCUGCUCUGAGCACUAGAGCCAACAUGAAGGUGGGCAACGCUGGUCAUGUAGCGGAAUGUGAAAUGUGUUGGUCAGUUUGUUGACGAUGCCAUGAGCUUUCUGAUGUAGGGAGAAACAUAUAAUUGAAAGGCACAGAUAAUGUAAGCAAUCCUCUAUUCAUUCCUCACCCUGAUUGAACUCUGGAAUAGGGGAUUUUUUAGGCUAAUCUCAACCAUAGUUGGCUAACUGAAAUACAGAAGGCCUUAAACGGAACACUUCAGUUCUCUAUCAUUUUUAUCAUGAUGUUUUGGAUAUACAGGGUGUUUGAUUUUUAAUUAUAACAAGUUUGGUAAAAAAACACCCCCAAUAACACCACUCUCGUGCCCCGCCCUUCUCCCAAAUAGUUCUGAUGCCUCUGGACAGGAGGACAUAUUACAAGGGGCUAAUCCUUAUAAUAACUGAUAAUUAACUAAAAUUUGUUUAUUAACUUUUUAAUUAGUGAAAAUAAUCAUAUGGUUUCAAUUAUAAACUUGUUGAGCAUCAUCAUUGAUGAUUAAAUCUGUCAGAUUUUUAAAGACUUAAAGCAGUUGGAAGCAGGGGAGUGUGCUCAAGUUACCACUCAUGCAACAGGCAGAAGACUGGCAAAACAUAGAUGAUAAUCUUAUUAGCCAUGUUUGCACACCUCCAGCCUUGCGCUUGUUGCACUAGUGGUAGCACACCCCAGCAAUUCCCACAUGCUUGGUCUUUCAAAAAUGUACUCAUUUUGUGGUUUUAAAUGAUGCACAUUUCUAAGAGGAGCCACAUGUUUAGUUUCACUAAUAAAGAAAUGAAUUUACAAAUUUUAGUUAAUUAUCCAAUUUAUUGUGACGACUAGCUCCGUGUUAUGUCGCCUGCAUUAGCAUACCUUUCGCGGCUUUCUUUGAAAUAAGGCUGUUCGAAUGAAGAUCAAACAUCCUGUAUAUAUUAAAAACCAGAAUCUCAACCUUUAGAGGAUGCACAUUCUGCCAAGAACAUUUCCGCAUUUAUUGCAGAGGUGCCAAAUUUGGGUAUCGGAUGCCCUUUUUGUCACUACUUUUGCAUACUUGGGAGAGAGUGGUAGUGUCCAAAUCCAGACGUUGGUCCGAGACAUUUGAAUAUUGCAUAUGCAAAAGACAGUUAGUUUUUCUUGUGUGUGUGCAUGCUUUGCAUUUGGGCUCGUGGAGCUGGCUAACAUUUGAUAUUGUGCAAUAUACAUGCCUAGGCCUUGCUUUUGCAAGUGAGCCGAGCUGUCUGUCGUUGUUCCCUUCCUAGCCUUAAAAGUUGGUCUAGUUGGCAGAUUCCUGUGAAUACCGAAUUGGGCGUAAGGAAGAGAUUGGGCAUGAGGACUGAGACGAGAGCUUUGUGCGUCAUCCUCUUCUAUUAGUACUGAGCCGUCUGUUAUCGACAACUUUAGAACCUGCUUCCUGCGUGGCCUUUGAGUUUUGGGCCCAUGCUGUUGCUGCCAGUACAUGAAAUGUGCCAUAUCCAUGUGUCGACGCUCGUCCAAUGCUUAUGGGAAGAUUGUAUUGUGAUGAACCAAUAAAGGAGAUGCAAAGAACAGAA